AUGAAAGGGCUCAGCUUUGGCAACAAGGUGUACUUCGACAAGUACAACCCUGACUCCGAGAAAGGCACCGAUGUUCGCAGAUCUCUGGCACACCUGGACUAUAGCCCGCUCCCGCGGGUUACAGGCAGGUCCUUCAUGAUGGGCGUCCUCAUCUCAAUGGGAGGAUUGAUUUUUGGGUACGACACAGGACAGAUUUCUGGAUUUCUUGAGAUGCCGGACUUCCUGGAACGCUUCGGUCAGCGAAAGGACGAUGGCACUCCCUACUUCAGUGAUGUGAGGUCUGGGCUGAUCGUGGCAUUGCUCUCGAUUGGUACUCUUUUCGGAGCUCUGAUCGCGGCUCCGGUCGCCGACAAGAUUGGACGCCGUCUGUCGGUCACUCUUUGGUCCAUUGUUGUAUCCGUGGGGUUCGUCAUCCAGAUCAGCGCCAAUACUGCGUGGUACCAGGUCAUGAUUGGGCGCUUCAUCAGCGGCCUCGGUGUUGGCGCUCUUUCGCUGCUUGUUCCAAUGUACCAGGCCGAGACAGCACCGCCAUACAUUCGCGGCGCCUUGAUCUCGACAUAUCAACUCUUCAUUACGCUCGGCAUCUUCCUUGCCGCUUGUUUCAACUUCGGCACCUAUGAGCACCAGAGAAACAACUCUGGUUCUUGGCGAAUCGUCCUUGCCCUCGGGUGGGUGUUUGCUCUUAUACUAGGAGUCGGCAUUCUCGCCUUCCCUGAUACCCCUCGCUACGAUUACCGCCAAGGUCGUGUAGAUAAGGCGAAGGAGACCAUGAUGAAGGUCUUUGGGGCUCCAGCGCACCACUAUGCUGUACACAGCGAACUGGAGGAGAUCGAAGCGAAACUUCGUGCUGAAGCUCAGAUCACGCAUGGUCCCAUUCGAGAGUACAUCAAUAUGUUUCGAGCACCUCGUAUGGGGUAUCGCAUUCUCCUUGGUGUUGUUCUACAAAUGUUCCAGCAACUCACCGGUGCUAAUUACUUCUUCUAUUACGGGACCACUAUCUUCAAGGGCGUCGGAAUCAACAACUCUUAUGUCACUCAGAUGAUCUUGAACGGUAUCAACUUUGGAGUGACCUUCAUUGGUCUUUACUUGGUCGAACACUAUGGUCGUCGCAAGUCCCUCAUCGGAGGCUCGAUAUGGAUGUUUGUGUGCUUCAUGAUCUUCGCGUCGGUCGGACAUUUUGCUCUUGAUCAGGAAGACCCGUCUCGGACCCAAUCAGCUUCCACUGCUAUGAUUUGUUUCGCCUGCUUCUUCAUCCUGGGAUUUGCCACGACCUGGGGACCUAUGGUCUGGGCCAUCAUUGGAGAGCUAUAUCCCUCCCGCUAUCGUGCUAAGAGUAUGGCAUUGGCGACCGCAUCAAAUUGGCUAUGGAACUUCCUGAUUGCUUUCUUCACUCCAUUCAUCACCAAAGCUAUCGACUUCCGCUACGGCUAUGUCUUCGCCGGCUGCAACCUGGCAGCAGGCUUCCUUGUCUACUUCUUCGUUCUGGAAGGCCAAGGCCGUACAUUGGAAGAGCUCGAUACCAUGUACAUCGAGAAGGUCGUGCCCUGGAAGAGCAGCAAGUGGAUUCCACCCAGCAAGGAAGAGAUGAGCCGCAUCCGCAAGGAGGCAGGCACAGAACUGUCGCCAGAUGGUGCAGGUGGUGUCGACAAUCGAGGCACGCUUUCGGGCGAGACGGAAAGGGCAGAUGAUGGCUUUGCGAGGAAGGAGUCUGCAGGAGACGCGGGUGUUGGUCACCAGGAAAGAGUUUGA